GGAGAGCCAAGAAGCGGAAAAGCCCCUUUGGGAGCGGAGCAGAGCUCCAAGAAGCAGCUCUGAGGCUGCUGGAACACCACCAGAACCUGAGUGACCUCCUCCUGGAGGUGGAAGACCCAGCCAAGCCAUGUGUGCAGGGUGGUGCAGAGCACCUGGGAGUGCCAUCAGAGUCAUUUGUAGUGUCUGUUCUGCAGGAACAGGCCUCAAAGCUGGGUGUGCCCACAGCCAUCCUGGCAACCAAAACUGCUGCUACCAACAUGGAGAGGAUCUGCCAGGCCCCUGCCAGCCCCUCCCCACUGCUGACCUCGGACCAGAGAAAGAGGUUGUCCUGCUUGCUCCAUGCAGUGAAGGAUUUGCUGGCAAACAAUGUGUUCUGUCACUCACUCUUCUGUCAGGAAAUGUGGAAAAUGAAGGAGCCUCCAGUGCUGGAAGCUGUGUGGCACCUGCACAGAGGGGACAUUGCUGGGCUGGCAGAGCUGCUGGAGAGGUGCCCAACAGUCCCUGCAGCAGUGGAGUGGCUGUGCAGGAGCCUCUGUGGGCUCUGUGAGCAGGUUGGGGACAUCCCCUCUGAAGAGUUGGAGCUGGCACGGAGCCUCCUCUCAGACUUUGCCAUCGUGUUUCUUCAGAAUGGCUUUGAGCAAACUUCAGAGCUGGGUAGGAAGGUGGAAUUCCAGAAGGUUUCCCAUAUCUGCCAAGCUGUCCUGCAGAGAAUGCUGGCAUGGGUGCUGGAUGCUGUUGGGAAAGAGAAGCAGGAAGAUGUCUGCACGUUGCAAGCUGUGAGGUUCUGGCUGACUGUGUUCCAUGUCUCAGGCUAUGGCAGUGUGGCUCACCCCGAUUCUGUGAAGCAGUUUUUCAGGCACACCCUGACCGAGGUGCUAACCUACAACCCUGUGCUGAAAGUGUCUGAUGCCAUCCACAUGCAGAAGGAGUGGAGCUUCACCAAAGCUUCUCCCCUGCUCAUCACCCUGUACCGCCAGCUGCUGGUGGCAUUCAGCACCAAGGAGUCCAUCUGCCAACUGCAGCAGGUCCUGGAGACCCACGAGGUGAACUGGCAGCAUGUCCUGUCCUGUGUUUCCACCCUGGUGGUCUGUCAGGCCGAGGCUGAGCAGCUCUUCAAGGAUUUUGACAUGGAGAACCUGAUCACUGCAUUCCUGAUCGCCCGUCAGGCAGCCCUGGAGGGCCCUGCUGUCUUCAUGCCUUACUCUGAGUGGUUUAAGGCUUCCUUUGGGAAUGCUGGUGGCCACCAGGGGAGCAACAAGAAGGCUCUGGUGUUCCUCCUGGAGUUCCUGUCCGAGCUGGUGCCCUUCGAGGCUGCUCAGUACCUGAAGGUCCAUAUCAUGUACCCACCCUUUGUGCCAGCCAAGCACCGCUCCCUGCUCCUGGAGUACAUCACUCUGGCCAAAACCCGACUGGCAGAUCUCAAGGUGGCCAUAGAGGACAUGGGGCUCUAUGAGGAUCUGUCUUCCACUAAUGAGGCUGUGCAGCCCCAGGGCCAGGCGCUCCGAGAUGUGGAAAAGGCCCUUCAGAUAUUUGAAAACACACGGAAGAUACCAACAUCUGUGAUAGAAGCCAGCAUUUUCAGGAGACCCUAUUACACCUCCUGGUUCCUUCCUGCUUUGCUCAGGCCACGUGUGCUCCCUAAGACCCCAGACACACACAUGGCCUUUAUAGACUAUUUGAAGAGAGCUGAUAAAAUACCAUCAAACUUGUACUCCACAUACCUGCAAGCCUGCAGGGCUCUGAGCGAGAAGAAGUUACAAGAUGACUCCAGAGCAGAGCUAAACCAUUCCAAAGAGCCUGUGGAGCAGCUGAAGGCUGAACUGGUUUGGUUCAGGACUCUGGUUGUGGACCAGGCCCAGUGGGAAGAUGUGCCAGCACAGGUUGCUGUGGUUUCAGACAGACUCCGGAGUGUCCUGGCUGACAGCAGUGAGGAGAAUGAAGCUUCUCCUUUCAAUUCUCCAAUCCAAGUGGACAUUGCUGCCUCCAGGCUGGAAUCCUGCCAGCAGCGCGUUGUUGAUCUGCUGCUGACAUCAUUCUGCCAAACCCUAAUAGCUGCUUCCUCUUUCAACCCUCCUGACAGGCAGGGCCCAUCCCUCUCUUUGUUGGUGAAGAUGAUGUGUGGGCACAGGAAUCUCCUACCUGCACUUCUGGGCAGGCUCUGUCAGCUCAUUUAUCAUCAGGGUCCUUCCCUGACUGAUGCUCAUAUCUUAGGACUAGCAGCUUUUGUGAUCCACUUAAGUGAAUCCAGAGCUUUAAUUCCUGAAGUGGAGGCCAAUUUUGGGACUUUCCAGCCUGUUCCUGGAAAAACCCUUUCCAUUUCGGAGUUCUGGACCUCCUUGCUGGUGUGUAGGACAGAAGAGUCAUUUGCCUUCUGCAUGAGAUUUUGCACUGCAGCAGCAACUUACCUGAUGUGCAAGUUUUCAUCCUGUUCCCAUGAGGAUUUUUGUGCCUUGGUCCCUCCUGGCCUACUGAAAAAGCUGCAGCACAUUGUGCCACGGCUGAGCCUGGAGGCUCGAGGGGUCCUGAGCAAGGAGGCCACAAAUGCCCUGGCCUGGUGUGCCCUGCCCUGCCCCUCUCUGAACUACAGGAGAGCUAGCCUGGCUUUGUGGAGGCAGCCACGCUUCCAGGGGCUCUUGAAGGAAGAGGCAUUCCAGUUGUCUUUCAGAGAGUGGCUGCUGCUGGAGCUGGAAGUGUGCCCUGAAAAGGACAUUCUCUCUGCUUCAGAAAGACAGGAUUUCCAUUACUGGGCCAUCUAUCAGCACUAUCUUCCUGCACCUUCCACUGCUGGUGGCUGUGAUGGAGACUUGGAGAAGGCAUGUGGAGUUAUCAUCAAUGCCAUCCUGGAUUUCUCCCAGAGGCUGGACCUGGGUGGCUGUGGCCACUCAAAGAUGUCAGUCAGCCCUGAGAUUCUCUGCAGGCUGCAGGAGCUGGUGCUGGAGCUGAGGUGCAGGAGAAAGCUGCUGUCGAUCUGCUCAGCUGCACAGAGACACUUCCUGUUCGAGAUUCUCCAGGGAAGAUUAAGAGACAGAAAGCCUGGAUCUGCCUUGGGAGAGCAGCUGUGGAGGCAGCAGGAGCUGCUGCUGCACAGAAGGAUCCUGGUUGGGCUCCCUGCAGCCACCCUGAUCACCACGUAUAGGAAAGGAAACAGGACCGUGUUGGACUGUGAAGACUUUUUUCAGUUUGUGAACUCAGAGCUGAAGAACAUCUGCUCCAGAGGCUAUGCUCUCCCCUACGACAUCACGGCUCACUUCUUCAGGGGCCUGCUGAAUGCCAGCUUGGACUGUGAGGAGGCAGCAGAAGGGGUCAACGAUGCUCUAACAGUGUGUCAGACCAAAUGCCCUCUGGUGCUGCUCUCUGCAGGGCUGUGGUGGCCCAGGCUGGAGCCAGUGCUUUGCUCUCAGUGGAAGAGACUCUUUGGGAAUCCACUUGCAGAGGAACUAGACAGACUGAGGGGGUGUCAGGCCUCAGCCACCAGAUUCCUUUCCUCAGGAGCAGUCUUCCCUCUCUCUGACCCUCCUUGGCUCUCAGCUGCCUUCCUGCAUGGAGCCAUCCUGCACCAGUCACUGCACCGACAGGGGAGAGAGGCCCUGGAGAGGUUGGGGACUGAGGCAAAGCAGGUUCUUGUUUCCCUGCUGUUCUUCUCACUCCUGGAUCUCAUCUCAGCCAAAAUAGCACCAAAGGAAGGAGUGGAUUUUCAGACAUCUCUGGAAUGGUCCCUGGAGAUCUUGCAGUGCCUGGAAGAGAGGGGCACAUCCUGGCCACUUCUUUUCCCUUCAGCACAGAGAGCCCCCGGGCAAUACCAUGUCCUGCUCAGUGCAGCCUCAGCCCGACACAUCCAGCUCCUGCCCGUUGCAUUCUACAGCCUCACCCCCGGCCUCCACCCAGAGCUGCUCCAGGGAGAGCCAACCUUCCUCUGUGUGGCACUGGAUCUGUACAUCCACUUGCUCCAGCUCUUUGUGGAAGAGGAAUUCCUGCCACAGUAUGAUCAAGACCCCACAGAGCAUGAUCCCUUGGAAGUGAUCUCUGUGGCCCGGCGGUUCCUGCUGGGAACCAUCCCACGCUGCCCUGCCCAGAGCUUUGGGAACAUACAGCAGCUCCUGAGCACCUGUGAGGAACUUGACCCGGAGCUGGGAGCCACCAUCCGGCACUGCUCCCAGCCUGCUGCAGCCAUGGAGCUGGAGGAAGAACUGGAACUGUUCUGA